AGCAUCCUUUAACGGGUUUUAUAUACUUGUGAGAAUUUGACUGUGUGCGUUGUGACUCAAGAGGACCCUGCUACGUUUAUAUUUUCCUUCCCUGUCGGCGCAGUCAGCCGGAGGGCCCAGGGAAAUAGGGUAGACACAAUCCGACCACGCCGUAUAUGCCAGCAUGAAACUCAUCGCUACAGGCGGAUUGUCCGUCUCGGCCGCGGUUAGACGACAGACGACUCGUCGAUCAGCACUAUUACGUCGGAACAAAUCGACCGCUGCUGACAAUGAACCUCCCUUGUCCCAACCAACGUCACCGGCUAAAGGCGCGGGCACCGUAAAGCCUUCGCCGGGCAGUCCGGCUUCACAGCCGCAUCAUCACCCUUCUGCGACCGCAUCUGCUGGAGGGCCAGUCCCCUCAGUACCGGAAUCGCCUUCGCGUUCGUUGCAUCAGAUUAUAAAGGCUAGUCCGCUUGGGAAGGCGGCGGGAUGGUAUAGCCGUGAGCAGUAUAAGCGGCCGUACUGGACGCAGAUGUGGAGUACUCUUGUUAUAUACCUCUGCGCCGAUCUCUGCGCACAGUUGGUGGUGUCUGGUGGAGAGGCUUCAGAGACUAAUGAAAAGGAGGAUGACAAGGGAGCCGUGCCUUCGAGUCAGGAUGCACGAGACGAGAUCACGGGUCUCUGGUCGGGAUACGAUCCUCUGAGAACUGCGAGACAUCUGACAGUUGGCGCUGUUGCAGCUAUACCUGUCUAUAGAUGGUUCAUGUUCCUCCACCGCAAUUUCAAUUAUUCCUCCAAAGCCCUCUCAAUCCUCGCCAAAGUCGCCGUGUCGCAAACUGUUUUCACACCUACUUUCAAUACAUAUUUCUUCACCAUGCAAUCGCUCCUCUCCGGGGCGACUCUCGAAGAUACCUGGGAGCGAGUUAAGAAAGCUGUACCGAACAGCGUCAUGAAUAGUGUCAAACUAUGGCCUGGCGUCACCGCUUUCUUGUUCCUUUACGUGGAGCCACAGUUCCGCAGCAUCGUCUCUGGUGUCGUCGCUGUCGGUUGGCAAACUUAUCUGAGCUGGCUGAACCAAAAGGCUGCGAAAGAAGUUAGACAGGCUGCUUCUUUGGAGAAAGUGGAACUCCUUGAAGGCACCAGCACUCGGAAAAGCGCAAUCCUUUAAACCUUGUGGAGAAGUGUCCGUCGAAGAGAUUUUGACUUUUCGCUUCGUAUGCAUAUUUGGGCUUUGUUUUCUGUCAUAGAUUCUGUCGGUUGGUAGCCUAGGCUGGGCCUGAUAGAGCCGACUUUUAUUGUUGAUACCCUGGUGAUCUCUCACCAUAUAGAUGUCUAGAUUUCUUUGGUUUACUCUAUAUAGCUUAAGACCGCAUUGAUUUUAUAAA